CCAGCUUUAUCUCUAAUCCCGGGCCACCGAUUGAAUUCUUUCAAACUGAGUUAUACCUCUGCCUUACGCCUUCCCGACAUCACAUUAUCUCAAGCAAAACCGUCGUUACCGAAGAAAGCAAAACAGUAUGGUCAUCGGUCUCCUCAUCCUGUCCGCCAUCCCCACCGUAGCGGGGGUGUCUCUCGCCUCCAACGAACAGCGGAAAGCCAACGAGCGCAAGAACGACGAGCGUCGCAUGGCCAAAUUCCACAUCGACGUCUCCGCGCCGCCGCACAAUAUCGAGGACCCCGAGGUACAUGGCAAACGGGUGGUUUUGCGGGACUUCAAGGUCUUUCUUGAUGACCCCGACCCCACGAAACGAGAUCCUCCCGCGCAUACCGCUGAAGCGUUCUACAUCGAGUACCCGGAGUUCGAUCAUAUGAAACAUUUGAAGCGCGGGCUGGGCGUCGCGACGACUAUCUCGGACAAUCCGCCCAUGUUGGGGUGGAUCUACGCGGACAAGGAUACGCAUGAGCUCAAGUAUGGGAACCGGACGCAGAGUUGCGAGCAUGUGAUCGGGCCGUGGGAUUGGGUGGACGAUGAGACGACCUUGACGCUGGAGGGGAGCCGGCAGUUUGUCGCAGUCAAGGAAGACGAUGGCUCGUGGGGGCUGUACUUCGACCGGGACGGGGAUGAGUUGGAGGGGGUCCUGGAGGAGCAAGGGAAACUGGACAAUGAGUAUCUGUUGCUACGGCUGAAGAGGAAUCUGAUCGAGCAGCCUGACGAUAAGAAUAAAAACAAUAAUACAUGAAUUUCU